UGUGAUAAAGAUGACAACUUUCCAAGCAUUCUAAUGACUUCAGAUUUGCUAAACUUGCUGGUUAAAAGUCACCUCCAUUGCAGAUCGAUUGAAUGUGGACUUUGCCCUCAUUCACAAGGAGCGCAAGAAGGCCAAUGAGGUGGAUCGUAUGGUGCUGGUGGGUGAUGUGAAGGACAGAGUGGCCAUUCUGGUAGAUGAUAUGGCAGACACGUGUGGUACCAUCUGUCACGCUGCGGACAAGCUUGUGUCAGCUGGAGCCACCAAAGUUUAUGCCAUCUUAACUCAUGGGAUCUUUUCUGGGCCAGCAAUUUCUCGGAUCAACAAUGCCUGUUUUGAGGCAGUUGUAGUCACAAACACAAUACCCCAGGAGGACAAGAUGAAGCAGUGCCCUAAGAUCCAGGUGAUUGACAUCUCAAUGAUCCUUGCGGAGGCCAUCAGGAGGACUCAUAAUGGGGAAUCUGUCUCCUACCUAUUCAGCCAUGUCCCUUUAUAACAACAGAUGCCAGCUGCUGCUUGUAUGGCUUUUUUUAAAACCAAAAGUUGUUCAGCGUGUUGUAAAGUUCAGUAGAAGACUCUGCUUGUUCCAGUGCAGUUCUCCACAGCUCCUCCUGCUUAAGGCAGGCUUCCUGCCUCUGAUCCCAACACUGGGAGGCUGGGGAGGGGCAGCUCAUCUGUCACACUCCAGCUCCACCAGCAGCCCUGUUUAUUGGGACUCAUCAGUAGUAUUGACUCAAUUCUGCAGAUCUGUGGAGAGCAGGACUGACACAUGGCUAAUUGCCACAAUUAUUUUAAGGGGGUGGGG